UCGGGACGUCAUAUGAAUAAGGUAUGGGUUUGGGUUUCCCCCCUUUCUCCCUGUUUUGCAGUCUUCUUCACAUACACACAUAUACGCACGCGUUCCUUAUACAUAGUGGAGUCGAUCAGCCGGUGGCUAGCUAAGAGAAGGGCUAAAAAAGGGAAUUGAAAAGUUGGUGGGCCCCGGAACAAACAAGACAGUUUGCGAGACACCUUUGAAAAUGUCUGAGGUCAAGAAGUAUGAGAUAACAGAGCCAUGGCUCAAAACCCACUGCGCCCUAGGCGAAGGCCCCUUCUGGGAAGAGGAUAGGAACAGCAUCCGCUUCCUCGACGUCGAAAAGCAAGCCGUCAUGCGUGUCGACCUCGCAAAGGGUCCCUCAAGCUUCAAGACCAUCAAAAACUACGAUAUCUCCAUUGGUUGCACCGCCGACAUCGAAGGCAACGACAGGGAAUUCAUCUUCGCCGGCAAGUACGGCUUCGGUAUCGCCAACAAAGAAACUGGCGAAUACCGCUGGCUGAAAAAAGUCUGGUCCUCCUCCGAAAUCAGCGCAAACAAGCACGAAAUCUUCCGUGGCAACGACGGCGCCGUGGAUUCCCAAGGUAGGUUCUGGGCAGGCUUCAUGUUCGACCCUCUGGUCUCGGACAUGCGAUCAGACGGCGCGGUAUUCCGUCUCAACCCCGACUUGAGUCUCGAUCGCCCCAUGGACGACAUCUGCAUUCCCAACGGCACGACGUGGAAUAAGCAGGACGACAUUUUGUAUUUUGCGGAUAGCCCGUCAAAGACAAUUUACCAGUUCGACUACGAUGCCAAGACGGGUGAGAUCAAGAACAGGCGGCCGUACUUUGUUAUGCCAGAGGAUAACCGGUAUGGAGAGGAUGCGGUACCGGAUGGUCAUUGUCUGGAUGAGGAGGGUUACAUGUGGACGGCGCUGCAUGGCGGGUCCUGCGUCCUGCGGAUUUCGCCCCAGGGCGAGAUCGUAGCAGAGAUCAAGGUGCCGACGAGCCAGCCGACGUGUCCUUGCUUUGUGGGCGAGGAGCUGUUCAUUACUAGUGCUGGUGGUACGAGCGGCGAGAAUGGCGGCCCCGUUGACGAGUUUGCUGGCUGUUGCUUUAAGAUUAAUGUGGGUUUACGGGGGCUCAAGAAGUUCAAGUUCAAGGGCGGAGACAAAAUUGAGGGUGGGAAGCUGAAUGGGCAGGUUGUUGCCGAGUAGAAGGGAAGCGAUUCUGGGAACGUUCUGUCCGUAGGCAUCUGAUGCCUCGAGAAAUCAGCGAUGUUACACAAGAAGAGGGUUGUCUCAAGCCACGC